UUUUUUUUUUUUUUUGAAAAUUAAUUCGUGAAUUGGAUUUAAUAAAGAGUUGAAGUCCGGGUUCUUAGAGAGAGAGAGAGAGAGAGAGUGGAGAACUUCUACGGAGAGAAAGAAAAAGAAGACUUCGUCAGCUGGUUUGGUGAUCUUCGUGAUGGUUUCCACUGCACAAAGCUGUGUGUUUUUUACUGAAUAAUUGGGCCUCAAAAUAUCCUGUGUUGAAAUUCCUUUACCUCUUGUUCUGUUUGUUUCUCUGGAAAAUUUGCAGACCCACUUGGUUUCAUUUUCUCGGAUCCGUUGGUUGUUAGGAAUUCCCACAAAAGUCUUUGAUCCUGGCAUAUUCUUCACCGAUCUCCGUAACCUUAGUGCGGAAGUGAUGGAUUUUUGUUAAGUGUCAAGGCCUGUAACCUGGUCUUUUGCACUGUUAUUUUGUGUGUUUUCCAGUUCCACAGGAGCUUAGUGGUUUUUGGAUAUAUUAUAUUGUGAGUUGGAAUAUAAUUUAUGCAACUUUAUUAAAGGUAUAUUAAACAUCUGGGGCAAUUGGUGCGUUGGAGUAAAUGUCGUUUCGCAGUAUCGUCCGAGAUGUUAGGGAUGGGUUUGGAAGUUUAUCGAGAAGAAGUUUUGAGGUGAGACUGCCAGGCCAUCACAGGGGAAAAUCACAUGGCUCAGUCCAUGAAUUGCAUGAACCACCUCUGGUAAUCCAGAACAGCCGUUGGGCUGGUCUACCACCUGAACUAUUGCGCGAUGUGAUCAAAAGAUUGGAAGCAAGUGAAAGCGCAUGGCCUGCUCGCAAGCAUGUUGUUGCCUGUGCUGCUGUUUGCAGAUCAUGGAGGGAAAUGUGCAAAGAAAUUGUUAGAAGUCCUGAAUUCUCUGGAAAGAUUACCUUCCCAGUCUCCCUGAAGCAGCCAGGGCCUCGAGAUGGAACCAUGCAGUGCUUCAUAAAGAGGGACAAAUCUAAUUUGACUUACCACCUUUUCCUUAGCCUAAGCCCAGCUUUGCUUGUUGAAAAUGGGAAAUUUCUUCUUUCUGCUAAGCGAACAAGGAGAACUACUUGCACAGAGUAUGUGAUCUCUAUGGAUGCAGAUAACAUAUCACGAUCAAGCAGCACGUACAUUGGAAAACUCAGAUCCAAUUUUCUUGGUACCAAGUUCAUCAUUUAUGAUACCCAGCCUCCUUACAAUAAUGGUCAGCUUUCACCACCUGGCCGAAGCCGUAGGUUCUACUCAAAAAAGGUUUCUCCAAAGGUCCCAACAGGAAGUUACAAUAUUGCCCAGGUUACAUAUGAGUUAAACGUGCUUGGAACCAGGGGUCCGCGCAGGAUGCAUUGCACCAUGUACUCAAUUCCAUCCUCAUCCCUCGAGCCUGGUGGCAGUGUUCCAGGCCAACCCGAGCUCCUUCCUCGCUCCCUUGAGGACUCAUUCCGGAGCAUUUCUUUUUCAAAAUCAAUUGACAAUUCAACUGAGUUUAGCAGUUCUCGGUUCUCUGAUAUUGUUGGUUCUCGUGAUGAAGAUGAUGAGGGAAAGGAGAGACCAUUGGUUCUCCGAAAUAAGGCUCCAAGAUGGCAUGAACAAUUGCAAUGUUGGUGCCUUAACUUCCGGGGAAGGGUGACGGUGGCUUCUGUUAAGAAUUUUCAGCUAAUUGCUGCAACACAGCCUGCUGCUGGUGCACCUACACCAUCGACGCAGCCAACGCAACCUGAUCAUGAUAAGAUUAUUCUUCAGUUUGGCAAGGUUGGGAAGGAUAUGUUUACAAUGGAUUACCGGUAUCCUCUAUCUGCAUUUCAGGCUUUCGCCAUCUGUUUGAGCAGCUUUGACACCAAAUUGGCAUGUGAAUAGAGAGAAAAAGAAAAAUGAUAAGAGAUUAUGGUAAGAGAUAGAAAUUUUAGUUAUUAAUGUUUUAUUUUCUAGGGCUUUAUAUACAAUGUGGUUGUUGUAUAAGUCGCUGUACAUCUCAUUUAGAAUGGGGAGUGCAGAACAAUGUCAGUGCCCAUUGGAGAGAAGAAUUUUCUUGUCUUUUAUUUUCUUUUUCUUUUUUUUUUCUUUUUUUUUUCAUUUUAUUUUGGGGGUUAAUUUGGUUUGAUUGAUUCUGUUCUGUCCUCCUGUUUAACUUCUUUGUUCUAUUUUAUGCUUUUACAAAGAGCAGAAUAUACUUGAAGAUGUCUAUUGCUAGGCUUCAUAUUUCAUUUA